CUCUCUGUGGUCUUCCUCUCUGUGGUCUUCCUCUCUGUGUCUUCCUCUGUGUCUUCCUGUGGCAUGGGCGAUCGAUGUGCGAUGAAGUUCGGUCCUCGUAUCGGGAAGUUGUGUGACUGCGGCCGAGGAGCCAACUGUAACUCCUACCUGCUGAAGUGUAUCUAA